AUGUCGGACAAAAUCACCGGCAAAAACCUGUCCUACGACACAAACAUCCCGCCAUUUCUGCGCGCUCUCCAAGCACAAGCAGCAGGGAACGGAGGCCCAGACGAGAUCCUCUCGAAAAGGCGACGAGCGGGCAAGAAGCGCUCCGACAGCGAAGAGGCAGAAGACGCGCCGCUGGUCGUGGAUGACGACGGCAAUGUCGUCGAUGUACGGGUGGACAAGGAUGGUGGCGUCGAGGCGGAUGCUUUGAAGAAGGAUGGAGUAGAGGAGGAGGAGGAGGAGGGGGUAGGGAAGGAUAACAAGGAGGAGAAGAGGGAGACGGAGAAGAUUGCUGGGAUUGGGGCGAGCAAGAAGAGGAAGGCUGGCAAGGUUGUUGGCGGUGAUGCAGACGAGGAUAUUGUCGCCAACAAGAUCGUGACCAAGGGCGAGAAGAAUGGUGACGACGACGAAGGCGCCAAGAAGAAGCCUGCUAAGAAGAAGGGAAAGAAGAUCAAGCUUAGCUUCGAUCCAGAAUGA